CUCUUCAGUCUUCAUGCUGCUCUGGACUCUGACAGCAGACAGCCGUGUGUGUGCACAUGCGUAUGUGUGUGUGUAUGAGCAGUGGAGGUGAUGGACAGUGAAGGAGAUCCAGCAGACGCUUCACUAAAUGAAGACUUGAUUUCCUCCAGUCCAGCGGAGGCCGAACUCCUGGAUUCAGAUUCAGGUUUGUCUGUUCUGGAGCAGAUGGGACUGGACCAGAACUCUGAUUUCUCCGACUCCAGCGUGCAGCAGCGGCUGGACGAGAAGCGCGAGUGGAUCCGCAGGGAGAUCCGCAAGGAGUUGAAGAUUAAAGAGGGCGCGGAUAAACUGCGGCGGGCCACUACUGACAAACGCAAUGCCCAGCAGGUGGAGAGCCAGUUACGCAGCUCCAGCCGAAAGCUGGACUCGCUCCAUGCUCAGCUGCAGGAGCUGGACGCAUAUAUCAUGGUCAAGGGUCACGACGACAGCAAAGAUGACCUCCAGUCUGUUGGGACGCCGGGACGCUCCUCAGCCAAUCAGGACAGGAUUAAGGCUCUGGAGCGACAGCUCAACAUCGAACUGAAGGUCAAACAGGGGGCAGAGAACAUGAUCCCCAUCUACGCCAAUGGAGUUACCAAGGAUAAGAAGCUGCUUCAGUCGGCUCAGCAGAUGCUGCAGGACAGUAAAACGAAGAUCGACAUCAUCCGAAUGCAGAUCCGUAAAGCCAUGCAGGCCACCGAACAGAGCGACGACACUCAGGGUAAGCCGGAUCUGUGCGGCGUGGAGCUGCGCAUCGAGGAGCUCUGGCAUCAUUACCGUGUUGAACACGCCAUGGCUGAAGGCGCCAAAAACAUGCUGAGGCUUCUGGGAACUGGAAAAGCACAGGACAAGAAAGCCAUCGCUGAGGCUCAGAGUCGUCUCAGUGAAGCGUCCCAGAGGCUGGAUCUCCUGCGGGUGUCCUUAGAGCAGCGUUUGGUAAAUCUGCCCGAGGAUCAUCCCAAAGCGUGUCUGAUUAAAGAGGAGCUGGUGCGAGCGUCCUCCUCCGCCUUCAGCUCCAGUCACAGCGCCCCCUAUGUCCACAAUCAGUACAGCACCCUCAGCAGACCCUCCCCGCUCACCGGUACACUGCAGGUGCGUCUGCUGGGCUGUGUGGGUUUACUGGAGAUGGUCCCGGGCCGCAGUCGAGCGUCUCCGGUGGUUUUACCUCACUUCAGUCCUGGAGACGGACGAGCCUUCAAGCUGACCCUGAGCAGCAGAAGCAGCAGCUUCAGCCUGAAGAUGCCCAGCAAGAGCGAAGAGUCCUCGGAGGUGAGCGCUGUGCUGAAGCUGGAGAACUGUGUUGUGGGUCAGACGUGUUGGAAGAGUGUUGGUGAACAGUCGUGGGAUCAGACCUUCACUCUGGAGCUGGAGAGAUCUAGAGAGAUGGAGAUAGCGCUGUACUGGAGGGAUUAUCGCUCUCUCUGUGCGCUGAAGUAUCUGAAACUGGAGGAUUUUCUGGACAAUCAGAGACACAGAGUUCAGCUGGAGCUGGAGCCGCAGGGUCUGCUGCUGGCCGAGGUGAUGUUCUUCAAUCCUGUGAUCGAGCGAGGGCCGCGUUUACAGCGCCAGAGGAAGGUGUUUUCUAAACAACAGGGUAAAGCAUUCCUGCGUGCUAAACAGAUGAAUGUGGACAUGGCGACUUGGGUCCGUCUGCUGAAGAACGCCAUUACCAUCCCUACACACAACUACACACAGCACAGCCACACACACCACAGCAGCAGUGAGAUCUCCAUCCAGAAGAUCCAGCUUGAUGGAGAAUCUCCUCCAUCUGUGACGAGGAGAAACACACACACAUCAGCCACGGUGGACUUCGGCCGGGCGGCUGAACCCGUCUCUCCUCCUGGUCCUGCGCCUCCGGAGAGGGUCGUCAGGAGCGUUUCCCAUCAUUCCCAGCGCAGGUCAUCCAAAAGCGCUCUGUGUCUUCAGGACUUCCGAAUGAUCGCAGUGUUGGGACGGGGACAUUUUGGCAAGGUACUUCUGUCAGAAUACAGACGCUCAGGAAAGCUGUACGCCAUCAAAGCACUGAAGAAAGGAGACAUCGUGGCACGGGAUGAGGUGGAGAGGUGCGUGUACAGUUCAUGA